AUGCUCUCAGAUUCUGACAUCAACAUCGAUCGAACCAUGGCUAGCAACAGCCUCAAGCGCAAGGCUUCCUCCUCUGUCACCAAAUCACACUCGUCGCACGCGAUGGCCUCUUCCAGCGAUGCCGAGAAUCGUCCCAUCACAUCGUCGAUCACAAAUUCAAGUAGCAAGAAAGCAAGCAAACCCGAAAAGCAGAAUGCCGUUCCCAGAAACGCUGCUCCUUCCCCGCCUUCGCACUCGGGCCCAGCAUCGAAGAAAGCCAAACUCAGCAGCGCAACGCCUUUGAUCGAGCUCAAGAAUGGCAAACUCGUCCUCAAGCAGAGACCCGUCAACUGGGCGAGGAUGACGGAGGUCAUGAAAGCUACCAUCACAUUCCAGGAAUUUCUUGACCGUGUGGACAAGCUAGACGAAAUCCCAGCAGAGCAUCUGCAAGCCAUCGCUAAGCUCGCCCAUGAGAGCGACAAAUCUCUGGGCGAGCUUGCAAAGUCGAUCAGAACCCAGCUGAUCCCUGAGGUAGAGCUUGGAUCCAGUGACUCCGAAAUGUCGUCGGCCUCCACAGGCUCAAAGUUCAAGCUCCCACUUCCUGCCAUCCAAGCCGCUAUCAGCGCAGUCGCCGAGAGGAGAAACUACGGCAUCAACGUCAGCGACAUCUCGAGUGAUUCAACAGCAAGUACCGAAGGCGAUGCAUUGACUGUUCCAGCUUCAUUGCAGCUCUGGCGAUGGGAGGUCACCGACGAAUCCAUGCUCCCAGAGGAUCUCCUGGACAAUAUUGUCGAGCGUCGAAGCGACCGAGAAGCGGCUCGCACACAAGCGCAGCAACUCUUUGCCAACCUCAAACAAGAAGAGAGACAGGCUUUGCUCGACAAGUCUACCAAAUCCAAGAUCUCGGCCACUGUUGCUGUCGACAAGCCGUCGACCCAGUCAAAAGCCAAGGCAAAAGCAGCCGCCAUCGCAGUCGGAUCGUCCGCAUCUCAGCCCAUCGCGAUCGAUGAUGACCUCGACGAUGGCUCCUUUGCCGACAACGAAAACGAUCGUGACGGCCCUUCAACGCCAAAAGCUUCCCACAAACGCAAGACGUCGUCAUCCACGUCAACCCCUCAACCCACCGCCGCCAAGCACUCUGCAGCUGCAGGCGAAGCCUCGACACCUUCCACAUCCUCUUCGCCCAAGGAGAAGCGAAAGGCGAAGGAGCUCGUCGAGCUUUCACCCGAAAAGCAGAAGGAGAAGGACGAGAGGGAAGCAGCCAAGGCGGAGCGUUUGAAGGCAAAGGAGGCCAAGCGCCUCGAACGCGAGGCCAAAGACCUCGAAAAGCAAAAGGCCAAAGAGGUCAAGGAGGCGGAGCUCAAGAAGGUCGAGGAGCAGAAAAAGCGUCAGGCCAACUUUUUCACCUCUUUUGUCAAGAAGGCUGCGCCCAAGAGUCCAACCAAGACGAGCGGAAGCACUGCCGCUGCUUCGAGCAGUGAUGCUGCUGGAAAGGCUGCAGCCGAGACCGUCUCCGACUUUGAACGCACAUUCCUUCCCUGCCAGUACAAGGAUCUUGCGCCCAUCAACCGCUUCGCUUCGCCCGCUGGCGCCGCCCGCGAGCCGCAGAUGGGACAAGAGGACCUGACUCGUGAUGAGAUGCUUUCUCAGCUACUCACGCGCUCCUCCGUGCUCAAACGAUCGAGCGCCUCGUCUGCAUCUCGCCGCAGGAAAGGCGUGCACCCUCCCGUGUCGGUGCGCGACAUCAAGAGGAUUGUCACCGAGUCCGAUGUGCUCGGCGGCAACGCACAAGAGCAAGCCGAAAAGGCGCUCGACACUCUUCAAGACCGCAGCAAGGUUCAGCUCAAGCUCCUGCAGUUCGAAUCAGACCGUCGACCCGGCUGGUACGGCACCUGGACCAAGUCGACGAACCUCAUCGGUCCUCGCUGCCCGCUUGCCCAGGACCCGGUGUCUUUGGACUAUUCGUACGACUCGGAUGCGGACUGGGAAGAGAUGGGUCAGGUGGAGGGCGAAGAUGUGCAGGACGGAGAGGAGAAGGAGGAAGAAAGCGUCGCAGAUGAGGACGAGGAUUCGGAGAUGGACGACUGGCUUGUCGACGAUCUCGAGGUUGAGGAGGAGGAAGAACAGCAGAGGCUGGCUGCGAUGGAUGUCGACGACGACAUUGUCGAGGUGGAUGCCAAGGGGCUGCCCGUACCGCCAGCGCCGCCAGCAGCGACAACGACGAACCUGCUUCACCCAAAGAAGAAGAAGAAGGUCAAGCUGCUGGGCAGACGAUUCGAUGCCAAACUCGUGCCCUUCUCCACCGGCCCUCAUUGGGAAGGACAAUUCGGCAAGUGCGACUACGAGCUCUUCUCGACGUACCGCAUCGAGUUCCUCAACGACGCCUGCUUCGGCCUCAACCCUUUCACAUUCACUUCCGCCGAGCCUGUCGACAUCUCGGCCGGCGAUGAAGCGAUCCCCACCAGCGCUAUGGACACGCCCACCAAGGUGCGCAAAGCAGCACUACCUGCGGGAGGCGUCCUCGCUGCGCUAUGGGGUGAGGCCAACGCCGCUCCCGGUUCCACCGACUCCACCCCUCCUCCCACCGCACCUCCUACCAAAGAAGCCACUGGCUUCAAACACCAACUGCGAGAAGACGCCAUCCCCGCUCUGCUCAAGACCAUCGACGGAAGCACAAAGACCCGAGCGGGGCUCGUCGACGAUGUCAAGGAGCGUCUCGACCAACUCGGCAAGCCUGCGAGUAAGAACGCCAUCGCAGAGAGGAUCACGGCGUACGCGAGGAAGGAGAAGAAGCCCAACUCGCCCUGGAUCGUCAAAGACGAGUGGAGAGAGAAGAUGGGCUUGUGA